AUGCGAGGCAAGAACACGCGUUUGCCGCGGGCCGUUCCGUCCCACCGUACAUCCUCAACUAGACCCCAAGAUCUCGACAGAGUACAAAGCUCACAAGAAGUGGCACCACUCGCAUCCAAAUCGCAGACUCGGGACAGAGGAGUGGCAAAGGCACUCACAGCUGAAGAGUGGGGGGAGAAUGAUGGAGAGUAUCUACUACGACUCCUGCAUGAACCUUAUGAUACGCAGUUACACCAGUUCGCCGAUGAUGUGACUUUACCUCACGAGGGACUAAAUUCUGCAGACUAUGCUGUUCUCAAAGAAGCCAUGUAUCCAGUGGAGUGGUGUUUGCGAUUCGACCCCAGCAAGACGCCCUGGUUCUACUGGUUGAAGGUAGACCAAGCAUAUCUGCACUCGGUGAUUUUCACUGCCAGCAUGUUGCAUGACUUUAUGCGUGGAAGAGCGCUUAGCAAGAAGACGAACUACCACAUAUGCAAGACGUUGAAUCUCCUGAAUCAGAACCUUGCUAAUCCAGACACGGCAUUGACCGACUCGACACUCGCCACGGUCGUGACCAUGAGCAUGAUGUCUGAGGUCUUUGGAGACCGUGCUUCUUCAGCCGCUCAUGUUGCUGGACUUCAACAAAUAGUUAAGCUUCGUGGCGGCGUUGAGAGUCUCAAACAUAAUCUUCACUUAUACGUCAAACUUUGUCGUACCGACGUUGGAUGGUCCAUGAUCACGGGAAACAAACCGUUCUUUUUUCGAAAGAACCUGCCGUACGAGCCUGCCUUUGACUCGAUCCUUGGCCCACACUUUGAGGGACUCAAGAUACAGUACGGUCCGUGCUACAUACAACAGUUUGUUGAUUCCCUCGAUCUACGACUUAGCUACGUUUUCCAAGAUUUUCGAGACUUCUCACGAUUAACAAAUAUCAUCUUCCGAAGUGGAGGUUGCGAUCCCUGGCCGUUCCAAGAACUAACAAUCUCUAUCGAGUAUCGCCUGUUGUACCUGGACUUCCCCGACGACGCGAUGGCAGAAUCCCUCCGACUGAGUAUGCUCGGAUGCAUUGCCACUCUCUUUCUACAUGUUUUGGGAAUGAGACUACAGUUUACCUACUUGACCAACAAGCUCAGGGAAACGCUCCAGCAAGUCGAACUGUCAAAGUCUUCCACACCUGCCGCAAAGCUAGUCUUUGCUUGGUCACUCAUGAUGGGCUCUCUCGCGGUAUUCACCGAAGAAGAUGAUGUCUGGUUGAUGCCCAGACUAGCUAGCGUGCACGAAUAUCUAGGAAGGACAUGGCCAGAAGCAAAGGAACGCCUGCAAAGAGUUGUUUGGAUUAAGAACAUACAUGACUCGCAAGGUGUUAAAGUGUACGAACGAUUGGUGUUGCACGCGGCUCAAAUCCCCCACGGCGACCGGCUCAUUGAGAUUUAG